AUGGAAGCGAAGAAAUUGGAUACGAAGUUGAAACAAUUAAAGCUUACUGUAGAUCGAACAGGUACGAUUGUCGAAUCGAAUCAACAAGAUUCAAUCGAGAGACAUUGUGCUACUAUCAAAUCUAUAACAAAUAGCAUAAACGAAAUGCGAGUAGCUGUCGAAGAGAUUAAAAUACAAGCCGAGACAGACAUUACGGAAAUUACAACUUGGAACACGGAAAUCGACAAUAAACUAGCGGAGUCGGAUAAAGUCGUCGAAGAACUGAGAACAUGGCUUGAUCAGCGUCGAAAGGACAAGGAUAACGUAGCGAGAGAAGAACAAAUUCAAUUUGAAACAAUGCUUUUCAAAACAAGAAUGGAAUUCGAGACGAAGUUAGCAAGUGCGAAAGUGGAAACACUGACGAUAAAUAAAGAGGGGAAUUUGCAAGGUGAGUCGCAACAAAGUACAUUAGCUAAACUACCGAAGUUAGUUAUUUCAAAAUUUGGUGGAGAUUUUCAAGAUUGGCAAAGGUUCUGGGGACAGUUUACAGAAACAGUCGAUAAAACUAAUAUGCCCCCCAUCACGAAAUUUACCUACCUCUGUGAGUUGCUUGACCCCAAGAUAAAGCAUGUUAUUGAUUCAUUACCCUUCACUACUGAAGGCUACAACAGGGCAAAAUCUAUCCUGAAAGAUCGCUAUGGGAAAGAAUCGGAAAUUAUUAAGUCGUAUGUCAAGGAUAUAAUGGAUUUGCCAUAUAUUCACGGUGCAAACCCCAAGAAAAUUCGAGAUUUUAGUGAGCGUCUUAACCAUUGUGUGCAAGCACUGCAAACAAUGAACAGACUGAGUCAGGUUAACGGCAACGUCGCGAUGACGUUGGACAAACUCCCCGGGAUUAGGGGGGAUCUUGUUCGAACAGACCCUGACUGGGAGAGGUGGACCUUUGUCCAAUUAUCAGAGGCAGUUCGCCAGUGGGUCAAGAGGAACCCGGUGGACCAAAGUCGUACAGAUCGAGAUAAAGAUCGACAAAUCAAAUCCUUUCAUGCGAAGUCACGUGAAUGCGUUUAUUGCGGUGACGUAACUCAUAAAGCAGGGAACUGCACCAAGAUUACUAGUGUGACAGAACGGAAACAAAUUCUAGCAAGAAAACGAUUAUGCUUCAAUUGUGCGAUUGGAACCCAUCGUGCAGCUGAGUGUUCCAGCAAGGGAUCCUGUCAAAAUUGUGGAAAACGACACCACACUUCCAUCUGUGAUACAUCAAAAGUCGAAGGAAAGGAGCAAGUUAUGACUACAAACCAGUCGAGCGAAAGCGUGUUGCCAGUUAUUGUUAUCAAGGUGAACGGAGUCAAGUGUAGAGCGUUAAUCGAUACAGGAUCUGGGAGCUCAUAUAUUUCAGCGAAACUCGUAGAAGUAGUGAAAGCGAAACCUAUUUCGACACAAACAAGGCAAGUUGAAAUGCUUAUGUCCUCGAAGAGUGUACGCAUGGACAUAUACGAAUUGAACACUGAAUCCGUUGACGGACAGUACCAAAUGCCAGUGAAGUUCAUCAAAGUGAAUAAACCAGAACUUCUCACUGUUGAAAACCCAAAUUACGCUGACCUCAUACGAGACAACGCCCAUCUGUCUGAGGUGAUAAUCGCAGACAAAGACACCAAGAGUCAACUUCCUGUGCAUGUUAUCUUUGGAAGUGGCGAAUACGCACGCAUCAAGACCGAGACGAAACCUUGU